AUGUGGAUUCUUUCAUUUUGGCUGUUCCCCGUGGUGUCAGGAUGCAUGUGGCUAUCGAUGCUGGUUGCGAUGCUGUCCUGCUGGGCGGCGGACGGCAAGCCACAUUAUACCACCAUGAGCGCUGAGCUGUCAAUUCCAUAUAUCUCUCACAUUGGCGCCGAAAGACUCAAGCCGUUGUUCAUCGCCGGCUGCGUCGUCACCGGCGUGUUCAUGACCCUAUCGCUUUUGUCCGAGCGAUGGCUUCGACACGCAGGCCAACUGGCACGCAACAGGGAUCUUUUCGAUAAAUCAUGUGCUAUCGGCUCGAUUUUCUUCGCGCUCACUGGCGCAUUGGGCGUCAUUCUCUUGUCCAUCUUUGACACGAAGCACCACCAACACCUUCAUUAUGGAUUUUUGGGCAUGUUCAUUGCAAGCUACGUGGUCUGCGCUAUUCUCGUGUGUCUCGAAUAUAUUCACAUGGGCCGAUGGUACCACCCCCAGGCUCGCAUCUUGCUCGUCAGCUUCUAUCUCAAAGCUGUCUUCAUCAUUUGCGAGCUUGGAGUCGCCAUUGGCUUCGGUGUGUGCUCUAGAUCGAGCUCCAAAACGAGCAAGAAUGCAGGCGCCGUCCUGGAAUGGGUUGCUGCGCUCAUCUUCGCAUUCUUUGUGUUUUCCAUUGUUCCUGACCUGUUGCCGUCUGUUCGGACCAAGAAACGACUUCCUCAGGGGGAGAAGUAUAUCAUGCCGGAGACUCGAAGCCGAUCAAGGGGCCCGGUCGAUUUCUGA